AUGCAUGAAAAUACUAACCUAUUAUGUAGUUUCAUCGGAAACAGAAGCAAAUAUUAUACUGUUUGCGACGAUGAAUAUGAAUUGUUUCAUACCGAUGUUCAAAAGUAUCUUUGUGACCGUCUUGAUGAUUCAAAGAAAGUGCGAGUUGCAAAUUUUUCCAUUAAUAGAUCAAAACAAUCAGGUAAACAAUUAACUAUUCUUGAUAAGAAUAGAAGAUCUUCUAUUAUUUUAACUACUCGUCAAUACGAACAACGAUGUCAUCGUGGUCUUCUUUUACGAGUUUGGUUAAAUGUUGAUCAAAAUUUGACAACUAAAACAUGUCUUUGUCCACCUAGUUUUUAUGGUGAUAUGUGUCAAUAUCAAAAUCAACGUGUUAGUCUUACAUUAAAUUUUCAAGCAUAUUCUGAUUUUAGACGAACAUUAUUUGCUUUGAUUAUCUUACUUAUCGAUGAUAGUAAUCAACGAAUUAUUCAUUCAUAUCAACAAUUAACUUAUCUUUAUAUUCAAUAUUGUCAAAUUAAAUUAAAUUUUUAUUUACUUUAUUCAACUCGACCAAAACAUUCAACAAAACAUUAUUCAAUUCAUAUUGAUAUUUAUGAAAAAAUUUCAUUUAUAUAUCAUGGAAGUUUUUUUAAAUCACUUAUUUUUGAUUUUUUACCAGUAUAUCGUAUUGCUGUUCAAUUUAAUAUUUGA